CCUGACACGUUAACAGCCUGUGCGCAUACGAGGGCACAAUCUGAGCCAUUAUCACAGGCGGGAGCGAUGUAACUUUCCCCGAGAGAAGUGGCAAAAAUAGGAUACAGUGUAACCAGUCCGCCACCUAGCUGCGGAGACGCGCCGACGGAGGUCUGUCGACUGUAUGAUUAUGAAAACACCCGCGCCAAUGUUGUUGCACAGUGGGCUCCGCGCUCCGAUGGGACUGAAACUCGGCUUUCGGAGGUGUUUUAACCUCCGCUGGCCUUAGUUAUGUAAUCGAAGCCACAUCUAAUGCACCAAAAGCUGUGGAUCGCCGUUUGUGCGAAGAGGAGAGCAGGGCAGCAACACCGUAACCUCCUGCCUGAACGCAGUUGGCUCCGGGACGCGCUCUCGGUUCGAGCCUAAAGGAGAAGAGAGAGACCUUCGCUGGAUGAAGGCACCCAACUGUGCUUGGACUGUUAUAGGAUAUUCUUUUGGAAACCUCCUGACCUACACCUGCAUUCAGCUCUUUCCCUUGACCACACUAACCCCACAGGUUGCAUUUGAAAGUGUUAUACUGGGAACCACACAGCAUCCUGCUUCUCCCCCCUGACUUCUCUGAUGGACCAGAGAGUGAAGGGGGGAACCCCUCCAGCCGCAAACUCCACUCUGGACCCCACCUCUGCACCUGAAGACUCUGAACAGGACCAAGUGGCAGAGAAAAAAAGAAGAAGUGAGGGGGAGAAUGGAGAUGUAGGGAAAAAGGAGGAGGAGAAAAGAGGAGCAGGGCGGAAGAGAGAAGGAGACAAGGGGGCAGUGCUGGAGUUGCUCAUCGAGGGGCGCUGUGGAAGCGCAGGGCAGCAACAGCUUCAGAUCUCUGGCAGAGAGACCAGCUGCCCUGAGGGGAAUGUACGACUCCGGAUUGGACUCCAGGCCAAACGCACCAAGAAACCGCCCAAGAUCUUGGAGAGCUAUGUCUGCAAGCCCACCAUCAGGACCUAUCAGAGACAAGGCAGGGGGGGGCUGCUGAGGGGGGAUGGUGAAGGAGGAGUGGGGCAGCAGAGUAAAUCCAGCUCUACCCCAGACAAGACAACCAGAGAGCAACGCUCAGGCUUGGAUGCUGUCCAGACCACAUCCAAACAAACUGCAUCUGCUGCUUCACCACCACUUGCAUCAUCAUCAUUAUCAUCGUCACCGUCUUCGUCAUCGCAGCCACUGUCCUUAUCAUCAACAUUUACUACAGCUUCCACCCCAGCGUCAGUCCCUGCCAUAGCCAGCCAAGGGACGAAGUCUGCCAAACAGGUUUCUAUCAAACUGGCCGAUAAGACAGAGGUGAAUUCAAAUGGCUCAUCUGAGAGAGUGAAGAAAGAGAAACUUCCUAGUGUGAAUGGCCAGCCUGUUCCUGCAGGACACAAACCCUGCUCCCCAUCAAGAGACCAGAUAGCUUCAGCUACUCCUUCCACACCAUGCAUCCAGGCACUCUCUGCAUCGGAGACCAGGAAUGAGGGAAACACCUCCAAGAAACAUAAUGGUUUGGUACAGACAGGGAAACAGAAGGGACUACCCAAUGGGAAAGGCUCUGUCGACAUCCUUGGCACUUCGAUCUCGUCGAAAAUCAAAGUUGGAAAACACAGCAGUUCCUCGUCUGUUUCUGCCAUGGAAUCCUCGACAAGACCUCCAAUCGCCACCAGCUUGCAUAAAGAACUUAGCUUGUCCAAUAAGAGUAUGCCACACUCUCCUCCCUCUCCCUCAGUCACCCCUAAACCACAGUCCUCCCCAACUGUGGAUCUCUCCUCAGCCCAAUCCCAAGAUCACGAUCCCUCUCUACAGCCCUCACUAGAGAAAAAGAGAGAGAAAGAGAGGAAAGCAAAGAAAGAGAAACGGAAAGACAAAAAAUCAAAGCGAGAUAAAUCGGGAGCUGAAAAAGCAAAGAGUGAGAGCAGAAAGGAGGAGGGCAAGAAGAAGAAAAAGGAGAAAGGGAAAGAUGUAAAAUCAAGGCACGGUAAAGAAAAAGUUGAAAGACUUAGGACUGAUGAUAUGUGGAGGGAUGAACUAAAGACUGAAAGGGGAAAGGCUGAGAAAAAGAUGGAUAAGCUUAGUCCAGACAGACAAAGAACAGAAGAUAACAGUGCAAAAUGUGGUGAAACAGUUGAUAGUGGCAAACUAGAUAAAACCUGUAAAGUAGUGAAUCCAGGCAGACCAGAAGAAAAUGAAGAGAGAGAUGACAGUUGCAAGCUAGUUAAACAAGCUGAGCCAGCAACAACAGGUGAUAACAGUAAAUCAAAAGAACAAGACAUCACAAGACAUUCAACUGUGCCUACUAGCCAUCCCUCUUCUUCUGCUCCUCCCUCUCUGCUCACUCCUUCUGCCCGUGCCGCUGUUUCUCCCCCUUCUUCCCCCCAAGAGCAAGACAGCCGACCGCUUAAGAAACGUAAAGCCAGGCGGCCCAGCUGGACCAAGCUGGUACACCGGGCUCAGAGGGCGGAAAAUCAGGAAGCCCCUUCAGACUCCCAGCAUAAUCCUUUACUAAGUUUCCCCCACAACCCCAAGACAUCCCUUCCUGCCAAGGCCACUAUUCAGCAGACCGAUGAGUCACACCCAACUCCGUCUAGCUCCUUAACCAGCAGCUCCUCCGCUCUCUCUUCUGCAACCAAACCCCCAUCCCCAAGGCAGAGUCACCCCACAUCAGACCCUAGCCCCCCUACAUCCAGAUGCCCCAUAACUCCUUCUCGAAAAAGGGGCCGCCCUAAAUCACACAGCUCUAGUUUAGAUGAACCCCCCUCUAGACUUUCACCAAACGCUAUCCGAACUGAGGUGCCUCUUCUGGGUUGUAACGGAGUUCAGAAAGCCCCUGUGCAGGAGCCAAGUCCAAUGCUGCAAUGUGCCACUCAGUCUAAAUCCAGCCCCAAGAAGCGUGGCCGUCCUCCCAAACGACCCCUCCCUGAGGACCAGAGUGGAGAUGCACUGAAUCACACUGAUAAUACAGACAGGAGUAAAGAUUUUCAUCCUCCUGAAAAGGGGAACAGGCAGCUAAAGAUCAGGAGACUGAUUAAUGAGAUGAAGAAAAGAAAGAAGAGGAGACUUCAGAAGGUAAUGCUGUCUGGUUAUGUAGGAAAGGAGGGGAGGGGAGGCGAGGCAGCAGAUGGCAAGACAUCUCUGAGAAUGUGUAAAUCAAUAGAGGCUACAACGGUACACACGCUCUCAGCUCUGUCCUCCUCCUUUGGGAGUAAGCUGGGCCCUCAGAUCAAUGUGAGCAAGAGAGGGACCAUCUACAUGGGCAAGAGGCGAGGACGCAAGCCUAAAGUCCAAACGGCUAACCUAAAUUCCAACUCUCAGAACUCCACUCAGCCGUCUCUGUUUACUAAUCCCUCUGAAACUUCUCUCUUCUCGUCUAACCAACCCCAGCCUCUUCCCUCUCACCCCUUUCCCUCCCCAUCUCUUACCCACUCCAGUGGGGCCCAGAGUCCUUACAGUGAGGGCAGCCUCACAGAACCAUCAUCUUCCCUACUUUUUCCUCACCCCUUCUCCCUCCCUUCCCCAUCAUCAUCCUGUACCUCCCCGCGUCCUCCCUCCUCCUCUUCCCUCUCUCCCUUUGUGAAGAAGAGUUGUCCUUGCCAGGGAAGGCAUCACUUCCCCUUUCACCAGUCUUCAUGUAAGCUUUCCUGUCCCACCCCUCCACUGCAUCACACACCUGGCUCUCCUGGCCACCUGAAAGAGGCCACGCCCUCCCCCAGGAGCGAAUCACACAGCGAAGAGACACUGCCUAGCGACAGCGGAAUCGGAACGGACAACAACAGCGUUUCUGAGCGAGGCGAGAUGAGGGGAGCACGAGGCAUUCUCAGGUUGGGUCAGGGGUCGGGAGUGAUGCUUGGGGGUCAAAGACACCCAUCCUCUCUUGUGGACCGUCCCUCUCCUGUUUCCUCAUCCCCCUCUCAUAUUCCCAGACACACCAACCCAAUCAGCAACUCAAGUACUGCGGAGCGGCACCGAGACAGACACCGGCACAGGCGGAGAGACUACGACUGUUCCUCUUCCUGUACUUGCUUGUGCCCCUGCCCCUGCCCAGGACACAAUAAGUGCACUCAUUCAGACUAUUAUUCUUGCCUUGGGCACAAUGCACUGAAGAGACAGAAAAAUAAACACAAGAAGAAGCACCAGCAGCUGCACAUGCAGGAUCCAGAGUUUCUGGCUGAACUAGAAGAUCUGAUUGGUCAAUUCAGCGAGGUCCAUAUCGGACGGCGAAGUUGGGUGAGGACCGGACUGGGACAGGGCUUUGAUGGGAGUGGGAAUACUGCUGGAGGAAGGCGCCAUCCUCCCUCCUCCCAUUCUCUCCGCUCUAACAUCUUCAGGAUCAAUCUGAAUGGCUUCUAUUCACCUCACCCUUCAUCUUACCCUGCUAAUCCCUCCUUCUCCCCCCAGCCUUUCUACCCCUGCCAGCCGGUACAUUGUAACAGGAAGCCCGACCGCAGGCAGUGUGGCUGCCCAUCAAAGUUCCAGGAGACCAUUGAAAAUUUGGGCUUUUACAGCAGCUAUCCCCCAGCCACAACACUUUACCACCACCUCCCCAGCUCCUACCCGCUUCCAUCUCCUCAUCAGUAUGCCCCCCAUCAGCCCCACCACGCCCACUUCCUCCUCAACCCUGCCAGAUUCCACAGGCGCAGGAGCAGGUUGCUGAGAGAGGGAGCUUUAGGGGGAGAAGCUGAGGGAGAUAUAGGAGGAGGCAGCGGAGGAGGCCCGCAUCUCAGCUCAGGGUUCACAUCCGGCCUCUCCUGUGGCUGUGGGAGGAGCGAGCACAAACACAAACAUAAACACCGUCACCGGCACUGCGAGCGAGACAUGGAUGAUGAGGAGGAGUUACACGAGGAUGAGGAGGAAGACAGCAUGGAGAGAGAGGGGUUGGCCAGUUCAAAGCCAAGAUCUGGGUUCAUUUUGGGGCAAGGAGAAGGAGGAAGAAAAGGGACAAGAGGAAUUGGGAGCAUGCUGUCCAAAGAAUCGCCUUGGUUAUGUGAGAAUGGAAAUGAUUCCUUCUCCUCUGCUGCUGCUGCCGCCACAGCAUCAUCCUCCUCAGCAGAGAGAUACAAACACACGUCUCUCACCUCACUGGGGUUAGGUUCCUCUCACCUGUCAUCAUUUGGAGGAAGCUGGGGUGGCCUGGGCCAGAGUUGGAUGAAAUUCGGGGGCGUAGGAGGGUCAGCAUUUGGAAACUCAAACCCCAGCUGGCGAGGAUUCACCGGGGAGCAACGUACGGGCAGACGGAUUGUAUCGGACGGAGAGGACGAAGACGGUGAGGAUGCUCAAGAGUCACACCUGUACAGGACAUCCCCAUCCCCAUCCCCAACACACACCAACCUAUUCACAUCCGCUGCCAUGGCAACAGGGGGGAGGGGUCCGAGGAGUGGAUUGACCAGUAGGAAUUCUGGAAGUGAAGACAGGUCAUGGAGGAGAGACGAGCCAGCUUGGAGAGACAGGAGGGAAUCAGAUUUACAAGGUGACUCAAGAAGCCGGGGGCAGCAGAAAAGUGUGCCAACACCAGACAGUGUGGCAGUGAAAAACAAAAGAAGGCCGGGGCGGCCCAGGAAGCACCCAUUGCCCUUGACUGUGUCCUCCCCCACACACUCUGCAGCAGCUCCCUCCAUGUCAUCGCUCGACCUCUUGCCAGGACACAGCCACAACAGAGAUGGAAGAGACGUGGGGGGGAGAAAAGAGGAAAGAGCGCCAGAAAGAGAUCGAGGAGGCGACACAGUGCAGCAGGUGACAGAGUUGGAGCUGCAGGCCAGGAGGAAGAGAGGACGGAAGAGAAAACAUGGUGACUCUCCCUGUCAUCAGAGUGUCACUGUGGAUAAACCUGAGUGUGACACCCCCCCUGAAUGUUUUAGCCAAUCAGAUGUUGACCAGGCUCCGUCCCUACCAGUAACCGUCCAAAGAGAGGAGAGAGCUGAUGGUCCUCCCACGAAGAAGUUUCUCAGGGCAGGUCUUUACUCGGAUGAUUACAAAACUACAGAUCCCCCCUCACAAGCCCAGCAGAUUUCCAGAGAGAGUUUGGAGUACACACCAGAGGAGCACGAGCACACCCUUUUACCUGCUCCCAUACAUGUUGGGAAGUACCUGAGGCUAAAGCGGAUUCAUUUCCAGUUACCCUAUGAUGUUAUGUGGCUGUGGCAGCACAACCAGCUUCACAGCCAGCCUGCUGUCCCACUGAAGAGGAAGCGGCGUUACUGCCGGCUGAAGGAGAGGACUAUGUCCUCUCACCAGACAGCGGAGGAGAGCUCCAGUGACAUUACCAGCCUGUUCCCUCACCUCGACAUGGAGCCUUUGACCAGCAGUGAGAGGAGCUUUGUGGUGAAACACCACGUGUUCCUCGUGAGGAACUGGGAGCUCGUGAGAGACAGACAGAUCCGUCUGAGGAUAGGGAGGGAGCGAGAAAGAGACGCAGAGGGGGAGGAGAGGGAGUCACGACGUCUGUCCUGUGAUGGAGCCAAUGGGGACGACAGCCACAUCAAGUCAGAUCAGCCGGUGGGGAUGGAGGUGACGAUUAUCAGCAGUGACCCCCACCAUCAGAGUCAGGACACCUCCAGCUCACUCACUGCCAGUCCCUGUCCCACCAAAAACCAGAACAGACAAGAGGAGGAGGGAGAGGAAGAAAAACGAGGGGAAGAAGAGGUCUGCAGCAGAGAACAGAGGAGGAGACGGCUCAACGAUUUACUUUUGACCCUGCAGCAAUCAUAAGCUAACAGAGGGAGGUGGGACCACUCUGAGAAAGGGACCAGGCCCACCACUGGCCAGAUGGACACGAACUGAUGUCACAACACUGCUAUUAACAGUAAUAGCGCUGCAGAGAACAAGCGAGAAAAGGAGAAGAGAUCCGGAGAAUUAUAAUGGCUGAAAAUGCAAGAAAGACAUCUCACACACUGACAGAUGAGUGUGUUGAACCUAGCGCUCUGAAGGGCAUCACACCAAGGAUGAAACCAUGGCAACGCAUCUUUUGUCCAAGCGGAGAGGGAUGAGAGAAACAGAGAUAGACUGUCCUGGAUGAAAGAACGAAACAGACCAGCUGAAAUGAAUUUGCACUAGUGCUGGAUGAACAAGCACACUAAGGACUGUAUGUAUGCUGAGUGGACACACUAUAAACGCACACACAUACACUUUGAUUGCUCUUACUUCAGCACCUUAAGCGAACUGGGAAAGACAGACAUUGCUCUGAGAUUUAUAGUGGACACAUACAGUAUAGUACUCAGCAUUGCGGCUCUGAAGUUUCCAAGAGACAAGGAGUUCACAAGCUGCCCGUGGAAACAAAAAUGUAGCCUGGGCCCUAAGUAGGUCAAAAUUGAACCCUCAUUUAAGCGUUAGGCUUUCAAAGUCACAUUGCACCUUUGGGAAAUGACAUGAGGAGAAGUGAGCCAGUUAAAAUCUGUUGAGACAGUGUUAGGGGUUUUUCUUCACUUUACCAAGACAGUGUCUGCUAUGUACCAGUGAAUAGGCAGGGGAGGGGGUGGGCUUAGUGAUAGGAAUUUUGGCAUUGCUGCAACAGAAUUUCUAAUGAGGUUUUAAGAAAGAAGUUAUUUUUGAAAAAAAAAAACACAGCUUGAGUACUGUCUGAUAAAGAAAUGGACAGAAUAUAUUCACGAUAGGAAUGUUUAUUGUUGACUAUUUUCAGUAUUGCUUCCUGGGGAAGGGAGGGAGAGGGGUAAAAAGUGUUUCUGUUUACUUCAGACUGCCUUUGAGAAUGUUUAGCUCUUUGCUUCAGAGCAUUGACAAUCAGAAUGUCCUCGGGGAGAAAGGAGAGAGGAAAGGGAAUGAAAACUAGAAUUGAUUCGCCCCAAAUGCUCUGUAGAAGUGCCAUGUUGUCUUGUGUAUGUACCUAAGCGAACUCAUGCAGUCUUUAAAAGCAAUAUCUCCUCUGAUAAGGACUAUAUAAGGACUUCCUUUGUUAAGUUUUUGUUUUGUUUUUUUAAAGUUGUGAAUAUUUGAGGAUUGGAGGUCAUUUUUCUGUACAGAUGCAUAGUAGAUUGUUCUCAUCUUAGGAGCAUUGGGCUAAUCCUUAGUGGAAGUAACCAUAAGCGUUUAGUUUCAUGUGAAUGUACAUAGAGAGAGACCUGUUUUCCUUCUAUCAGCAGUAGCGUGUAAAAUUAGUAUUAUACAUGACAAUACUAUUGGGAAUAUACAUAAUGGUUAAUAGUCAAAUCUUUCAUUUUACUAAGAUGUUUUUAACCAGUUAUACAGCUGACCAAUAUAUCAGACAUUUCUCCUUAUAUUUCACUAUAUGAUUUUUUUUUGUAGAAUAACAUAAUUUUUUUUUAGUUUUUUUUUUUUAGCUGAACAUACUUUUUUUAAUUGGUCAGACAAUCAGUGACAGUGACUUAGUUUUUCCAGUUUUACAUUUCUGCUCUCCUUCAGUAGUGUGGCUUCUAAUAAAAAGCCAAGAAAGUGCAAUUUCUUUGACUGUUUACAUACUGUAUGUAUAUUUUUCCUCUUUCCUUUUUUAACUAAGAGCACUACAUUAUUGCCAGUGGAUGAUUAACUUUAUAGCAAAGGUACACAUAAAGAGUUAUUUAUCUAGUUUGCAUGACAUGUAACCUUUGCCUGUUGCCUCUGAUAAUGUGCAUCUGAAAAACAAAACAUCAAAAACAGUUAUAACUCAACGCCAUAGAAUGUCAGCUCAGACUUUUUGCCUCUAUAUCCAUAAUAAUAAA